GGCCCAGAUUGCCUUUCUUCAGGGGGAAAGGAAAGGUCAAGAAAAUUUGAAGAAGGAUCUUGUGAGGAGGAUCAAAAUGUUGGAGUAUGCUCUUAAACAGGAAAGAGCCAAAUACCACAAAUUGAAAUAUGGGACCGAAUUGAAUCAGGGAGAUAUGAAGCCUCCAAGCUAUGAUUCUGAUGAAGGUAAUGAAACAGAGGUGCAGCCACAACAAAAUAGCCAGUUAAUGUGGAAACAAGGUCGCCAACUACUUAGACAGUAUCUCCAGGAAGUCGGUUACACAGAUACUAUUCUAGAUGUGAAAUCCAAACGAGUGCGAGCUUUGUUGGGUUUUUCAAGUGAUGUCACUGACCGGGAAGAUGACAAAAAUCAGGACUCAGUUAUAAAUGGCACAGAGGCUGAAGUUAAAGAGUCAGCAAUGAUUGGAAAGUCCGAGUUAACAGAUUCUGCCUCUGUGCUGGAUAAUUUCAAAUUCCUUGAAAGUGCGGCUGCAGAUUUCAGUGAUGAAGAUGAAGACGAUGAUAUUGAUGGAAGAGAGAAAAGCAUCAUUGAUACAUCAACAAUUGUUAGGAAAAAAGCUUUGCCUGAUAGCAGUGAAGAUCGAGAUACAAAAGAAGCUCUAAAGGAGUUUGACUUCUUGGCGACGACAGAGGAAGGAGACAGUGAAUCUAGGAGCGCGGGGGACGGAACAGACUGGGAAAAGGAAGACCAGUGUCUCAUGCCUGAAGCCUGGAAUGUGGACCAGGGAGUAAUUACCAAACUCAAGGAACAAUACAAAAAGGAGAGAAAGGGGAAAAAGGGGGUGAAGAGGCCCAAUAGGUCAAAACUACAAGAUAUGCUUGCUAACUUGAGAGAUGUUGAUGAGCUUCCUUCAUUGCAGCCAUCUGUGGGUUCACCUUCCAGACCCAGCAGCUCCAGGCUUCCUGAACAUGAAAUUAAUAGGGCAGAUGAAGUGGAAGCAUUGACAUUUCCUCCUUCUUCUGGAAAGUCAUUCAUCAUGGGAGCAGAUGAAGCCCUUGAAAGCGAACUGGGACUUGGAGAAUUAGCAGGACUUACGGUGGCCAAUGAAGCAGAUUCUCUAACUUAUGAUAUAGCAAACAAUAAAGAUGCAUUGAGGAAGACCUGGAACCCUAAGUUUACAUUAAGAAGUCACUUUGACGGCAUCCGAGCUCUCGCUUUCCACCCUAUUGAGCCUGUUUUGAUAACAGCAUCAGAGGAUCACACAUUAAAAAUGUGGAAUUUGCAGAAAACAGCCCCAGCCAAAAAGAGUACUUCUCUUGAUGUAGAGCCUAUCUACACAUUCAGAGCCCAUAAAGGUCCAGUGCUUUGUGUGGUGAUGAGCAGCAAUGGGGAGCAGUGUUACAGCGGGGGGACUGAUGGCCUGAUCCAGGGCUGGAACACCACUAAUCCCAAUGUCGACCCCUAUGACUCCUACGAUCCUUCUGUUGUGCGAGGCCCUCUGCUAGGCCACACGGAUGCAGUCUGGGGCUUGGCCUACAGUGCAGCACACCAGCGUUUGUUGUCCUGCUCAGCAGAUGGCACUCUGCGUUUGUGGAACACCACAGAGGUUGCUCCAGCACUGAGUGUGUUUAAUGAUAAUCAAGAAUUGGGAAUCCCUGCCUCUGUGGAUCUAGUGAGCAGUGACCCGAGCCAUAUGGUAGCAUCAUUCAGCAAAGGAUAUACAAGCAUCUUUAACAUGGAAACACAACAGCGCAUCCUCACUUUAGAAUCCAAUGUAGAUACAACAGCCAACUCUUCUUGUCAGAUAAAUAGAGUCAUCAGUCAUCCCACUCUUCCCAUCAGCAUCACUGCUCAUGAAGACAGGCACAUCAAAUUCUAUGAUAACAAUACAGGCAAACUGAUCCACUCGAUGGUAGCCCAUCUGGAAGCCGUUACAAGUUUAGCAGUUGAUCCUAAUGGCCUUUAUUUGAUGUCCGGCAGUCAUGACUGUUCAAUACGUUUAUGGAAUCUAGAAAGUAAGACAUGUAUCCAAGAGUUCACAGCUCAUCGAAAAAAGUUCGAAGAAUCAAUUCAUGAUGUAGCUUUCCACCCAUCCAAAUGCUAUAUAGCCAGUGCUGGAGCGGAUGCACUGGCUAAAGUCUUUGUAUGACACAAUGCGUCAUCUUCACCUUCUAGCUCUUUAUAAGUGAUCAACUGCACAAAAGAGAUAUCGAGGACGGGUCAGAGUCAACUCAUCAUGCCCUUUUGUUCUGCUGAAGGAGCACAGAGAACAUUUGUUAAAGUAGUUUUGCAAUUCGUAUACUGUUUUCUAAAACUAAGGUUUGUUCAGGUUGCUGCAAGCUCAGCUGAAUCUGUGAGCCUGAAACUGUUUCAAAUUUUCCCCCACAUAGGUGCAUUUAUUUCUGAGGUGGUUCUUAUUCGCUAGGCAGGCCUGAGCGAAUACAGGUCUAGCUUGUCCCUAUUGAGUAAGUAGGGCAUGCUGCAAUGGAUCAUUAAAAAGCUUGAGAGCUGGGAAUGAAUAGAGGAAGAGCGGAAACUUAGACCUAGUUCUCCCCAAGAAAUCUUGUUAAACAUAUUAAGUAGUCAAAACUAUAACCUUUAUCUUAUCUGUCAUAUUAACCCCUUUGUGUGUAAUGACCAGGCAGUGUUAAAAUGAGUUUUUAAUUUAGCUCUUUUCUGCUGUCUACAUAAAGCACCUGGCAAGGCAUUUUACCUAUUAGAGGAAGAAAAAAAUGCAAUAACAUGUUAAAUAUAUUAUUAUUCAGAAAUGCUAAACAAAUACUUAGUUUGCAAGCAGAUUUCUAUAUUGUAUUACAUUUUUGAAAAUAGAUUUGGUACCAUUCUAAAAUUUAGCUGUCAAGUACCCACAUUAUGAAGAAUAGAUGAUAGAGUCUGCUUUUAUUAAAGGAUUUAACUUAUUCAGGUUUGAAAUUCUGUUUAUUUUUAAAACUAAACAGGGCAUAUUUCUAUAAUAAUUUCUAUUUUAAAAUUCACUUUAUUCAUGUGAUAUUGAUAGUACCAGAGUGAUUAUUUCAUAUUGAUGAACUCUUACUUUUCGGUGACUGGAAAGAUGGAAGUUAUUUGCUAGUCCUCAUUUGUCAACACCCACAUAACCAGGCUUCAGAGAUGAUCUCUGCUCUUUCUUCUUUCUCUCAAAUUCAUAUUAUCUGACACCUACCAAAAUAUAGUACAUAAUUGUUGUUUUAACAGUCCAAAGGGUAUGGUUAACCUCAGGCAGCUGCUUUUGCAGAAGUACUAAUAAAAAUAAAUGUUUGUACCCCAGAAUUCUUCUGUUAAUAUCUCCAAGGAGAACCUCCUGGAAAUCUCUAUGGAAGAGUUCAGUGCCCAGUAUUGGAUAAAAGAUUCUCUCUUUCUCUCUCCCUAUCCCUUCCCUGUUGUUUAAUUGAGAUACACGUGUUCUAAUGGGUGGUAAAUAAGUAUUGUUUUGGGGGAAACCAUUCUUAAAAGGCCAGGCCUCCCCAAGCCCACCUUACCUGUGACCCAUCCACAAGUAGUCAGCUUUUGGGAUUCCCACAACCCCACUAUUUGGACCUAGUCCCGUGUCACACAGAUCUCAUUGCUAUAGGUGUCAUGCCUCUCUUCAUACUCUUUUUCUUGUUUCUUGUUUCUUAGAGGGACCAGUCUAGAAAUUAGAAAUUAUUUAUGUCCAACUUUUCACCCAAAUGUACAUAUACUAGUCUUUAAAAAAUUAUAUUCAUAAAUAUUUUAACCCAUUAAAAAAUUCCUACAUUCCUAUCUCCACAUAUUCCAUUGUCAUAGCAAUGAUACUUCUGAUGAUAUGUACUUGAAGUAUUCUGGUGGUGAUGUGGAUAAGAAUUGACAAUAUUUUUGUCUGUUUCUAGAAUUCUGCAGUGUACAGGCAAAAUUUCUUCAAAACUAAAGAAGGACCUAUGCUAAAUUUGCCUGAUUGUCAUACAGAUAUGCUGUAGUAUCUUAACACAACUACCUUUUUCAUUUCAUCUUUGUGCUUUGGUUAACAAGCAGGCUUAAGAAAUUUCUUUGUGUAAUCAUAUGAAUUGACCUAGACACGAGCUACCAGGUGAAUGUUUGUAUUUCCAUGUAGAUGCAGAAUUCCACAUUGUGUUCAGUAAAUUUCUUUCGGUUCUUCACAGAGUGAAGAAAGCGUGUUUCUAACCUAACUUUUGUAGGAUAGGAUACUGGAUAGUUCCAGUCAGGGUCCCUUAGUUGGUAGAUCUAUGAUCGAUGACCACAAAGCUAUUGUUGUACCAGCUAUUGCUAUAAUUAUCCUCCAAGAUCUUCAGUACCUGCAUUACUAGUGCCACUGAAAUUCUAAAAAUCAAGACACUCUCUUCCCCUGCUCAUUUGAUGCUUCAUGGUUGAAUUUUUUCUAUUUGUGACUGGAAAACAACCAUGAGCUGUGUAGACUUUGGUGCAAAUGAUGGAACUAUUGAAGGUUCCAUGGAAAGCCAGUGCUGUGCCAUUGGAGACUUUGUGCAGAGAUUUCCUCUUCACUACCACUGUAUGAUUUUAACCCAGAAGUGAGCCAAAGCUGUCUUCCAACCAGAUAGUAGCAUAGACGUGUCUGACUUUUCCCACAGCCUAUUGACAAUUUUUUAAAAAUUCACAAAAUUGAAACACUUUCAUAGUGCUUAUGUGUAAAUAUUUUGGUGAAAUGCUUUGGAAUACAUAGUAUGAAAAUCCGCAGGAAGUAUGGGUCCUGCCUUAUUUUCAUAUGCUAGGGGUGAACCGCUCGGAGCUUGCAGCACCCUUCCCAAACUCAGCUGGUGGCAUCGGGAGUUCACUGGCUACUCAGACCAUAGACAGAUAAUUAACAUAAGUGGUAUAAUGACCUUCCGUAUUUUUCUAUUGAACAAGUUUAGCAAUUUUUGCCAUUAAACAGAUACUUAGUUAUGCAAAGUAUUUAGCUUUUAUAAUCAUUUUAGUUAUGACUAAAAAGGGGGACAUUGAGCUGCAUCUCUGAUAAUGAGCUUUAUGAGAAAUUUUUGUUUAUCUUUCAUUCCUUCAGUAUUCUUGCUAUAAAUUUCUUUAAUGAUGAAGAUUUAUUUGAAAGUGUCUAAAAUGUAUGUAUAUUUUAUAAAUAUAUAUUAUAUAUAUUGUAGGAAUAUAUAUAAUAUAUAUAGACUAUAUAUAUAUAUAUAUAUAUAUAAAAACCAUAGGUGCAUUUUACUGUUUUGUAUUUUCAUUUUUGGAGGUAGUGUACACAGCAGAUAAUGAUGAGUAUGACGAGUGUUGUGCUGUUUGCUUUUGCAGUAUAAUAUAUAGUUCUAAAUGUUUAAAUUACUGUAUAUACUAUAUUCAUUAUAGGCUAGCAUGCUUGUUUUAAAGACUGUCAUUCUAGUUUAUUAAAAUUUGAAUGUAAGAAAACCUGGCUAUUCAAAUGUGAAUUGAAAAAAUAUUCCAUUCUCAGUACUGAACUAUUUCCAUUGGACAUUCAGGCUUUUUGACAAAACAGAUAUCAUCAAGAAGGCAAUAGCUAGAAAAUGAGAGGUGCCUUUAAAAAAAAUACAAAUGCAGCCUUACAGUGAGGAUGAAGAUUGAGUUUGGGGUAGGGGUGGGAGGGGGGGCAGUGAGAGAGAGUAUGUAUGUGUGUGUGUGUUUGCUCAUGCAUGGGUGUGUGUGUUUACCAAUCUGUGAAGGUCCUGAUUUGUGACCAUCAAUGUCUUUUUAAUGUAUUUGCUCAACUUCUAGGACUUCAGGGGACAUUUCAUGCGCUGUCUGUGGGCUCUUCUGAGCACCAUGUAUAUUUCCAAGAAUUUUGAAUGUGAAUUCCUAGAAAUUUCAGUUGAGAAAAAGUAGCUAUUCUUUAUAGUCAUGUUCAGGUAGAAGGAGAAGUUGUUGGUUCACCAAAAUUAUAGAAUCUGGGAUUUGACUACGUAAAUGUAAUUUUUUAAAGGCUCGCUUUUAUAGUACUUCAUCUAUUUCCCCCUUACACAAGAGCAUGUCAUGAAAUCUUAUGUGGUAAAGAUUCAACUAGUAAAAAUUAUUUUUAGAUUAAACCUUAACUAGUUAAAAUUCCACCUAAGAAUAGUCUUAAAGUAUUUAAAUGACAUCUCUCAUAUCUACCUCUUUGUCAUUGCUGCCAUUUUAACUAAAGGAAAUCUUUAUGACAUCUAAAAUAAUGUUUGGAUGCAAUUCAAAAAUCUAUGUUGGUGCUUUUCUCAGGCUUUGUCAUUUAAGUUAUGUUGUGUUGAGAUAUCACAAAUCAGAUUGAAAGGCUUAGAAUUAAUUUUGGUUUUCUUUUGAAAGCACUGCUUAAAAUUAGCCAUCAAUGUUAUUAGUGAAUGGAGACAGUUAAUCUCUGGUUGGUGUAUGUCUAUGUGAUGUUUUCAAUCAAGAGCCAAAUUAUUACUGAAUUUACAUGAAAAAGAGUUCUCAGUAUAAUUUUAUUCAGCUUACUUUAUUCUUUGAAAACUCUUUCAAGACUAUUAAGUAUAUAAGCAUUCGUUUUAUUUACUUAGAAGUUGCCUCCAUUAUUAUGUUACUUGUCUAGUUGUUUAUAUAAUUGCAGUACUUUAAGUGUUUGACACUGGGAUUCAGGUUGUACAAAAGUAAUAGCUGACAAAAAUAUGUAUAUUUUUGUGAAAUGUAUCAACUCCUAAAACUCGUUUUAGGAGAACUUCCAGAAAACUAACAUAUCUGUGUCUGAAAACAGAGGACAGGUCAUUGGUAAAUAAUUUGAAUAAUUUUUACUUUUGCCACUAAAAACUUCUUAAUUGGCCAUAUCCAUCAUCUAGCUGGUUCUCUGUGUCACUGUAAGGGAUGCUGGGUUGACAAAGUAUUUAACAGAUCUUUUACAUUCGUCUUUGUUUUGGUUUUGGUUUUUAAAUGUUAAAAAAAAAAAGCAAAUGUUAGGCCAAAUACCAAUCCCUAGAUCCCACGCAUUUAUUCUAACAGUAUUCCUGAAGUGGUGCUUAGGGGUCAGAAUUUUUGGGGUCUUAGCUAGGCAAGCUUUAGAUUUGAUUUAACUGGGAUCACAUGCUUGUCAUCCCUCUGAUGCAAAUUAGAAAGUUGAUUUUAAUUUAGAUUAACUCUAAUGUCUGCCUGGGUUUUUAACAGGCUGUGAACCAGUGAGUGCCUUGUUAAUGUAGAAUGUUUUUUUUCCCCUGGUUGUGUGUUAGCUCCUCUCUGAAAAUGUCUCAGAGAAUGGAAUUUUAAUUGAGUUGUUGAGAGCUGCUAAAUCUGGUAUUAUCAGCAAUCCGAAAGUCUUCAGUCUACCAUAUAACACCCUCCCUCCUUUCUCCUCAUUGUUUGGCUGAAAUUUGCCUCUUAUGAGAAAACAAAUGCAACCCCCCUCCCACACACUUUUUUCCCACCCGUCUAGAUUAAGAGGUAUCUCCUACCACCACCCCAACUGUAUGAUCUAAUACCUGUUUUUAGGAGGAACCACUUCUUUGUAAUAUUAAAAUCUACUGCUUAUUUUGUCUUCUCAACUUCAGUUUACUAGCGUUGACCUCAGGGUGUCAUCAGUUCAGAUUCCUAAAUAACUUUCUCUCCACACCCAGUCCCCCUCUGGUGAGCCCUGGGCCAGAUUGUUUGAUCUUCAGGUAUUUUAAAUUUUAGUUAUAAUAUCAAUUCAUGUAAAUUAAUCCAAAUGCUAAUUUUUGUGGUGCAAGAAGUUUCUUUUGUAAAUUCAGGGUAUGGAAUAAGCUAACUAAGAUAUCCAUUUUUGGUGGCUCAAAGUGUAUUAUUUGUUUUUAAAUAAAGUGUACAAAUAUAGAUAAAGUGC